CUGAUUGUAUACAAAUACUAAGUUUAUAAUAGUACACUUAUCUGAUCCUUAUAAGUCAAUAUUAAUCUUGUUUACUUUCGAUGUGAAAUUAAUCGAGAUGUUACAUUUAUCUUUAGAUAUAAUUGCAUUAGGAAAUUUUAGCUUUUUUAACCAUUAGUGACACCAACUUGACAUAGACACUAGCAAGAUCCCUUUUGUAAAGUUUUCAUAUUUUUAUGAUCUAAUUUUCUCUUUUUCUGUAACUUGUUAUUAACUUCUACCUUAUAAGCACCUUUUUGUUUUAUAGUCUACACUACCAUCCAUAACUUAGACUCUAAUUAAUACUAUUUUCCAUCAUGCGGACCUGUACCACAGGCAACUUUCAGUUAAUGUCAUUGGUCCAUUGAAGAUCCAUGUGGCUGCUCCUAAAUAGUUGGAAUAUUAUGACUUGUUAUUAUUGAGUUUUGAUUGAUCAUGGAACCUUAGAAACUUGUAAUUAUCUUGUUUGAGAGAGCUUGCAAGUGUUAAAUACAGCGCUUAUUUUCAUUUUCUAUGCUCGGAUUGAGUAUAUUCUCUUCAUAUCCCGAUAGCCAUAAAUGAUAGACAUCAAAAUCACUGGGGAAAAUAAACAGAUGAACUAACAUCUUACUGUGAUUAAUCAUUGAUAGUUUAGAAAGACAUACAUUUUGUGUUUCCCCUGAAAUGAAGAUCUCAAACGCACUAUCCUUCAAAUUAUAUUUGUGCGGAAGCAAUGUCUUUUUGGCACUGAGCAAAGCAAAUAGUGCAGUGACAGUUUUAGGAAGGUCUUAUAGGCAUCAGGAGCUGUGCUUUAUGUGGAUGAAUUGGUUCUCCAAGUUCAUGCUACUAAUGUGAGGCUUAACACAUAAGUGACGCAGAUGCUAUACAUAACGAAGUAGUGGAUGGCUUUUCAGGAGUUUCUUACAGAACUUAGGGAUGGAUGUCCAUCGAGUGGUAUGACUCCUCAUUCCUCAUUUAGUAUAAAACUACAUAGAAGAGCAAGCAAUCAAAUGUUCACAAAAUAUGAUUUUGAGAAGUUUUCUUUCUUUUAUUGUUUGUGCAACACUUUUUCUCUUUAUUGUUCUUUCCAUGAUUCGAUCAUAGAGAUGCUCUUAUAUGCUUUCUUUUGCAGGUGUACUUGGUUGUCUCUUCAUGGCUGCCGUAAAGCCUGAGAGUAUAUUUAGUAUGGACUUGCCUACUGUUCUUGCUAAGUUCCUUUAAGCAAGGAAGAUAACAAUAGAUUUCAGAAUUAUCACUGUGCCAAGAAAUGCAUUCUCUGGGAUCUUAUUCUUGUUCUUUUGAGACGGCAUGAAUGAUUUAGUCAUUCUUUUAAAUCUUUGUGUAAUCUCCCCAACUCAAACAAGCUUUUCAUGUUACAGCUGAUGCUCCCUGGCUUCUCUACAACCUCAUCAAUGACUGUCUUGAGCUUGCUGGUGUUGUCAAGGUGGAUACCUGGAUGCACAUUGCAAGGCACACCCAAUCGUAUUUCACUCAAUCUUGCUGCUUCUGACAGACAAGCGAGAGGGGAGAAAGAUUCAAGCACCCCACGCAGUGUUUGUGUUGCAGGUAAUGAUGGAGAGAAGCUGUCCUUCCUCAGCUAACCUCUCUACCUCCUCAUCCUCCACAUCCACGGUCACCAUCGCUGUCGAUGACCGCUCCACUCCUGCUGCUGGCAAUCCUUGUGGCCAGGGCGGCUGUGGCAGCUCUAUCAGCAACAGCAAGACAAGCAAUAGCAACGUACAGAGCUCACUCAGGUCCCUCAACAGAGCCUCCUACAAGAUCUCCAAGCCUGGUCAAAGAAACGCUGUCGCUGUCCCUGAGCCUAACACCGUUGCUGCUCCGGCCGCUGCUGCUGCGCAGCCGCUGGCGCCGCCGGGUCCUUCGGCGGGGACCAGCGUUGGUAGCGGCGGGGGAGCUCCGCCGUACCAGCCGCAGCCGCCGGUGUACAACAUCGACAAGAACGACUUCCGCGACGUCGUCCAGAAGCUGACCGGUUCCUCCGCGCACCACCAGAUCCGCCCUCCGCCUGCCGAGGGGCCGCCGCCUGUUCCUCCUCCUGCCGCGGCCGCGGCCACCGUCGCCCCCACCUCACGUCUCCACCGCAUCCGCCCGCCGCCGUUGGCCCACCUCUCCCCCCGCCCUCCGGCGCUGGUCCCCGCUCCGCCGCUGCCUGCCGUGGACCCCUGGACGCGGCCACCGCUGUCGCCUCUGCCGCCGCUCCCCACCGUCAGCGCCGCGGCGGAGUCGCCAAUCUCGGCCUACAUGCGACGCCUUCGCAGCGGCGGCGGCCCGGCCCCGUCCCCCACGGCGGCGCCCGUGCUUCCGCCUUCGAGUUCGCCGCUAGGGUUCGGAUGCCUGCUGUCGCCGCGGACGGCAUACCAGAUGAUGAUGACUGCACCGGCACUUGGGUUGCCGACGUCCCCAGGGGUUCAGCUGCCGAGCCCAAGAUUAGGGGAUUCCUGAAGCAAGCAACUUUCAUCCCUUAGUUCUCAAUACAAACCUCGACGCAGGCGGUAAAGGUAAAAUCCAUUUCUUUGCCGGAAGCAUGGUAGGGUUUUAUCCUUCAUCCUAUGUGAUUCAGUAGCUUUUUACUGUACAUUAAACUCCUCCUUGAGAAUCUAAUGAUCACUUCACGCCA